AUGGCGGAGCAGAACGACUCGCCCGUCCAUGUCCAGCAGCAGCAGCAGCCGUCGCCGGCCCCAACAGCAGCAGCAGCAGCAGCAACCGCCGCCACCGCAGCAACAACAGGCGUCGCCGCCACCCCAGCAGGAGCAGCAGCAGCAGCAGCCACGCCGGCCCCGGCUCCUCCUGCACCCGCCGCCCAGGCUGUCGGCUGGCCCAUUUGCAGGGACACCUAUGAACUGCAGGAGGUGAUCGGUAGUGGCGCUACGGCUGUUGUCCAGGCAGCACUAUGCAAACCCAGACAAGAACGUGUAGCAAUAAAAAGAAUCAAUUUAGAAAAAUGCCAGACCAGUAUGGAUGAAUUGCUGAAAGAAAUUCAAGCCAUGAGUCAAUGCAGCCAUCCCAACAUAGUUACAUAUUAUACAUCUUUUGUGGUCAAGGAUGAGCUUUGGCUGGUCAUGAAGCUGCUAAGUGGAGGAUCAAUGCUGGAUAUAAUAAAGUACAUUGUCAACAGAGGAGAACACAAGAAUGGCGUCCUUGAAGAAUCAAUAAUAGCAACAAUUCUUAAAGAGGUUUUGGAAGGCUUAGAUUAUCUACACAGGAACGGGCAAAUUCACAGGGAUUUAAAAGCUGGUAAUAUUCUUUUGGGUGAAGAUGGCUCAGUACAAAUAGCAGAUUUUGGUGUUAGUGCAUUUUUAGCUACAGGUGGGGAUGUUACCCGUAACAAAGUAAGGAAGACGUUUGUCGGUACGCCGUGUUGGAUGGCACCUGAAGUCAUGGAACAGGUGAGAGGCUAUGACUUCAAGGCCGAUAUUUGGAGCUUUGGAAUAACAGCCAUUGAACUGGCAACAGGAGCCGCACCUUACCACAAGUAUCCUCCAAUGAAAGUGUUAAUGCUGACAUUGCAAAAUGACCCUCCAACAUUGGAAACGGGUGUGGAAGAUAAAGAAACGACAAAGAAGUACGGCAAGUCCUUUAGGAAACUAAUUUCAUUAUGUCUUCAAAAAGACCCUUCUAAAAGGCCCACGGCAGCAGAACUUUUAAAAUGCAAGUUCUUCCAGAAAGCCAAGACUAGAGAAUACUUGAUUGAAAAGCUUCUUACAAAGACCCCUGACAUAGCACAAAGAGCAAAAAAGGUUAGAAGAGUACCCGGUUCCAGCGGCCACCUCCACAAGACAGAAGACGGAGACUGGGAGUGGAGUGAUGAUGAAAUGGAUGAAAAGAGUGAAGAAGGCAAAGCCGCUUUUACCCAAGAAAAGUCACGAAGAGUAAAAGAGGAGAACACUGAGAUUUCUAUGAAUUCCGGAAACAUCCCUGAUCAAAUACAGAAUCUGUCUCUACAAGGUUCUCAGACUCGAACAGCUGUUUGCAACGAAUAUAGUGAUGCUCCAUGUGCUGUGAAUCUUGUUUUAAGAUUAAGGAAUUCCAGAAAGGAACUUAAUGACAUACGAUUCGAGUUUACUCCAGGCAGAGAUACAGCAGAUGGCGUAUCUCAAGAGCUGUUCUCUGCAGGGCUGGUUGAUGGCCACGAUGUAGUUAUAGUUGCUGCUAAUUUACAAAAAAUAGUAGAUGACCCCAAGGCCUUGAAAACGUUAACCUUUAAGCUGGCUUCCGGCUGUGAUGGUACCGAGAUUCCCGAUGAGAUAAAACUGAUUGGCUUUGCUCAGUUAAGUGUCAGCUGAUGCCAACCACCUGACCCCCAGCAGAACGGCAAGAUUGCAAAGAGGCCAGCUUUCAUUUGCGAAGGAAAAAUCCGAGCACCACACUCUGACUCCUGCUUCAUUCUAUGGCAACUCACCAAGUUGGAACGACCCACCGCUACACUGC